CCACACACACACACACACACACACCCUGCACCCACUACAGUAGUUCCUGCUGUGGAAAAAUACAACUGCUCUUGGAACUUGUGUGCUGCUGCAACAAUGCACUUUUAGAAAGCUUGUUAGUUUAGCUGAGGAAGUCAAAUCAGACAGAAAGAGAAGAAAAGAAAAGUGAGGAAGUCAGAUAAAUAGGUCAGAUAAAUAAUAAGCAGCAGUGGGACAGCUUUAUUGUCUGCUUCUUCUACUGAACUUUUAGGCUUAUAAAUCCACAAUGUCAGCUAACACACAGAAGACCAGGAGCUGUCCCAUCCCAACCCGUGUGAUCCAGCUGAAGGACUGGUCUCAGCUCCCAGACUGUUACAGCCAGACACCUGGAGGAACCCUGUUCUCCACCACGCCUGGAGGCACUCGUAUCAUUUACGACAGAAAGUUCCUGCUCGAGUGUAGGAACUCGCCGAUCGCUCGGACCCCGCCCUGCUGCCUGCCCCAGAUUCCCGGGGUGACGGUUCCUUCCAAUCAUCCUCUGGGCAAACUGGAGGAACUGAAAGAAGAGCUGGAGGAAGAAAAGGAUGCAGCAGCUGAUGACAACCAGUUCGAGAUGGACAUUUGAGCCUGCGAUGUGCCUCCUGUGGAGAACCCAUUUCUGCUGGGACGCUGCUACAUUUCCCAUCGACAAGCUCUCACUGGAUUCACUCACUUCCGUUUGAAGGUUUUUUUUUUAAAAAAAAAGCAGAUAUGUAUAGAAACAAACACUCAGAGGGUGUUUUUCAUUUGUUUACAGCUUUAUUUCAGGUAUUUUGUCAUCAGCAGUGUACAAAAAAAAGAGACUGUGGAUGUCUGUGCAUCCUUUAAAUGAUUCUUCCUGUACAUAUGGUACUUUGUAUUUUUUUUAAAAAAAAGGGAAAUGAUUAGAUUUAAUUGGGGGGUAAUAUGGUAAAUGCAUAUACGUACAUAUUUCAAAGCUCUCUCUUAUUAUAUUUGAAAAAUGUAAAAUCACAAAUGUGCCAAACUGAAUCUGUAAGCAACAGAAUUCAUAUUUUAAACAUUUUUACCCCAAUAUAUUUUUCUUUCAUUUGAGAUUUUCUCCAAAUUGUCAUUUGCUGACUUUUUAUUACUUUUAUUAAACUGUGACAUAAACAUA